ACCACCACUGCCACCUUCCUCUCCUUCCUCCUCCUUCGCCGCGCGCCCGCCUACCUCCUGCUCCUGCUCCUGCUCCUGCUCCUGCUCCUCCUCUUACAAAUACCCACCACCACCACAGUGACGCCGCCGCCCCGUCGUCCCGGUCGAAGCCACCACACAACACCAGCAGCGACGCUUUGCGUUGCGUAGCUAUAGCCUAUAGCACUGGAGACCGCCGCCGCCGCCGGACACGCCGCGCCAGAGCAGUCUUCUAUACAGGACCUUGAUUCUGCCGUUAGUGAUACCAUGGAUGUGUCUUAUGAGAAGUUUGCUGAUCCAUCAAACUCGGACCUGCCUAGCGCUGUUGAUGUUGAGCAAUCUGAAAAUGGCAGCUCUGAACAUUUGGGAUCUGCAGUUGUCAAGGGAGCUACUGGAAAUGAAGGUUAUUCAGGCAUCGAAAGUUCUGAGCAGACCGAUGAUGAGUUGGCUGGAGAUGAAGGCUCUCUUGUUAAUGUUGAAAAUAGUGCUGAUAAACAAGAGAACCAGGAAACGGUUCCAAUGGAAGAAACAGCAAUGAGUGAUGGCACUUCGAUCACAUCGAUGGAAGAUGCACUGGAACCGAAUAAUGAUCUCCCAUCAGAGCCUGAAGAUAUGAGCAACCACACUCCUGAUCCAUCAAAUGGUAAAUCUGUCAAUGGAAAUCGUAAUGUAUUCCAAAGUGCAAAGAGGGUGUUGACUUCAACGAAGACGAAAACUCCAUCUGCAACUACACGGAAGCCACUACAAUCUACUAACAGAGGUAAUCAGGAUGAUGCGAAAUCAUCAGUUGGAAAGGCCACAGUUCCAUCAGGCCCAGUUUUCCGUUGUACUGAACGUGCCGAGAAACGCAGAGAAUUUUAUAUGAAGUUGGAGGAGAAGCAUCAAGCUAUGGAGGAAGAGAAGAUUCAGUUGGAGGCUAAGUUGAAGAAAGAGCAGGAGGAGGCUCUGAAGCAGCUGAGAAAGAGCCUGACCUUCAAAGCCAACCCGAUGCCAAGCUUCUACCACGAGGCGACGCCGUCCCCCAAGGCCGAAUUCAAGAAGCUGCCCACGACCCGGCCCAAGUCGCCGAAGCUGGGUAGGAGGAAGACGACGACGACGACCUCCAUGGAGACGUCCAACUCCUCGUCGGAGAGCGAGGGCGCCACGAGGCCGUGCUGCCGCGCCAGCCGCGACGGCCUCGACAGCAACUGCAAAUGCAGCGGCGCUAGCAGAAGCAAGGCCGGGCCCAAGAAACAGCAGCAGCAGCCGAAGCACCGCGCCCACAAGAUCGCCGCCGGCGAGGGCGCCAUCAACAUCGCCGUGCACUAGCCGCGAGUUUCUUUCCGGUGAUGGCGAUGGCGUGCAAAUUUUCUUCUAAGUUAUGAGAGUGCUUUGACGGCUUGUGGAUUUUGUGUAGAUAAUAAUAAGUUAUGGUGACGAUGAACGAACGAACAGGGGCUCGAUCUGCUGCCACGAGUGAAUUGAAGCCGGUCACUCAGUCAGACAGAGGUGGUUGUGUUUAUUGUUUGUGUUGUUUAUUUAUGCUAAUCUUAUUUAAGUUGCUGUUGAGGAUGGCCAUGGCCUGCACAUUGUCACUGUGCAGUGCUGUUUGUUUUCUUAAUGUAAUUUAUUAUGGGGAGUGGUAAGAAAGAUUGAGUGUUGGAUGUAACUUGUACAAACGAAAACAAGGGUUUGUUGGUGGUGAUGGCAGUACUAUUUAUCUGAAUGAAUGAACUAUGCUCACUCGCUGCA